CUAAUAAGCCGGCAGGUCUGUGACACCAUCUUGGCCAAGAAACAGUAUUUGCCUUUUACAACAUAAAGUGACACGCCAGACUCAAUAGUACAUCAACACAAGCGAACCAGCGACGGAAAGCGGAUACAGGGCGACUUUCAAUCAUCAUCACCCUCGCACUCAGCCCUCGCACUCGCACCCGUGUCAUAGACUUUCAGUUGAGGACUUCAUUUACGUUACUUGUAUUCCAAUUAACUUAUACUGGGUACACUGAAGUCACUGAGAACAAGAACGCGUUAGUGGUGGUCGCUUGUUGCGUCACACCAAGAAUGGAACAGGAGACAACACUAGAGCAGUAUCGACUGGAAUGCAUUGCCAAAUACUACCCCGGGAAAUUGGCGGCAGGUCCGGGCGUCGAAGAGCUGCUGUCUGCAACGGUGCGCGACACGCUGGGCAAGAAGCGCAGCGAGAUGAACUCGGCGCUGCUCGCGCACCACGAGGCCAUUCUGGCGCGUCGCCAGGAGAUGCGCGUGCAAUACGGGGACGAGUACUUUGACGAAGACGAGGGCGGUGCUGUUUCCGCGGCGGCUGCCGGAGGGUCUUUCACAACGCAGCUGACGCUCGCUCGCACCGGCAGCACCCUCCAUCCCACCGCCUCAUCCAGUGCUUCCUCCACCAUUGGCGCGGCGGCGGUGGCCUCCGCCGGCGCCCUGGGCGCGUCUGCCUCCGCCGCCGGGCCCGGCAGUAGCAGCCCUGCCAGCGGCGGCAGUAGCGGCCGUGUUGCGGGUGCGGCGGGAGCGCUGCGAGAGCUCAUGGAGUCUGAGCGGCGGGAGGAAGAUCCGCAGCUGGUGGCGCGGGCGCGUGCCAAGUUUGGGCAGGUGGCGGAACGCGAAGCGGCGGCGGAGCAGCAGCGGCGCCGGCAGCAGCAGAGCGCGUGGCGCCAGCCGGCGGCGGCGGCGGAGGGCAGCGGCUGCGGCGGCGGCGGCGGCGGCGCCUUCGCUCGGCAGGCUGCUGCUGCGGGCAAGGACAGCGAUGAGGAGGAGGGCGCUGGCGAGGAGACGGGCGGACCGGCGGAUGGGAGCUGGACGGAUCUGGCGGCGGCGGCGGCCGCCGCAGCCUCGGCGGCGCUGGAUGCGGCCGUGGCGUCUCGCUCGGCCGCAGCUUGCGGCGGCGCGCGCCCGGCGCCCAUUGCUGGCGGCGGCGGCGCCAAGCCGCCGCCGGCCGACCACCACGAUGGCGGUGCCGCCAGUCGAAGCGACAGCUCGGCACAGCAGCAGCAAGAUGCAGCUGCAGCAGCGGCGGCCGUGCACGAUCGUUACGUGGUCGCGUCCCUGCCCAUCCGCUUUGUGAUGCCGACUGGCCCGGCUGGCGGCACCGGCGGCGGCUGCGCUGCUACUGCCGCCGCAGCUGCUGCUACUGCCGCCGCAGCCGCUGCCGCCGGUCCUGCCGCUAUUGCCGCCGGGGCGGGCGGCUGGCGCACGACGCGGCGGCUGCUGUCGAGCAAGUCUCGCAAGCAGAUCUCUCCAAAGCACCAGCAGCAUCAGGAUGGAGGCAGUAGCAGUAGCGGUAUCCAGCCGCAGCAGCAGAUCGCCGGCAGCAGUAGCAGUGGCGCCGGUGGCGGCAGUAGCAGCAGCAUGUCAGCUCAGGGGUACAUCCAGCACUGCUACAGCCAGCUGCCGGGUGGCGGCGCGCUACUGCACAGCCAGCAGCAGCAGCAGCAGCAGCAGCAGCAGCAGCAGCAGCAGCAGCAGCAGCAGCAGCAGCAGCAGCAGCAGCAGCAGCAGCAGCAGCAGCAGCAGCAGCAGCAGCAGCACACCAGCCGCCACCAGCAGCCGCCCCAACCUCAACAGCUCCAACUCCCGCAGUCAGCAGUGGCGGCGGCGCCUAACCACCUGCGUGUGUGUGUGCCCGACUAUGCCUGUUUCGACGCUGCUGAUACUGGCGGCGAGGCCAGUGCUGCUGCUGGCUACGACAGCCCGCCUGUGCUCAUUAUGCCGGGCGGCGAGAUGCUACUGCCUGCCUCACCAGUCUCACCUGACCCGAUGCGGGGCGCGUCUCCCGCCGCCGCCGCUGCUGGCGGCUGGAGCGGUCGGGCGCUCGCGCCGACGCCGCCGGCACAGCAGCCGCGCUCGGGGCACCGGCGCUGGUCGGUUGACAAUGGCAAUACCAGUCCUGACGGACCGGGGCCGUCGGCAGCAACGGCUGUAGCAGCGGCAGCGGGUGCCGGUACGGGUGCGGGUGUGGCUGUAGCCACGGCUGGGUCUAUCAGUGGCCCUGCAGGCCUGGUCUCGCCACCGGGCCGCAGCGAUAGCGCUGGCGGCAGUAGCUGCGCUGCCGCCGGCGGCAGCGCUUGCGUUGCUACUGCCGGCUGCCCUCACCACCACGCCAUCCAGUCCCCCUCCCGGCUCGGGCUGCUACACAAGGGUGGGGGCGGUGCAACUGCUACAGCCGGCGGCGCUGCUGUGGCCGCUACUGCUGCAGCUGGCGGCAGCGGCGGCGCGCUCAUCCGCGCGGCGAUGCGCGGCAGCGCCAGCUUCGGUUCUAAUGUGGUUGACGUCCCUGUUUCCAGUUAUGGGGCUGGACAGAGCGGGGCUCCGCUCCAAAUGGCACUUCACGAGGGCGGAGCUGAGUAUCUGGACAUGGGCUGUAGCACCGGGUACCCGCGGCUACAGCCGUUCGACAACGGCUGUAGCAACAGCAGCGACGCCAUCAUAACGGCAUCGCAGUCGCCGCCGCCAGCAGGCUCCGCCGCCGCCGCCGCUGCCGCGUCGCCGCCGCGGCCUGGAACCCGCACCGCCUCCGUGCUCUCGCCCAACGCCGCGACUGCUGCUGCAGCCGCCGGCGCCGCCGCUGGUGGUGGCAUUGGCAGCGCUGUGAGCGGGCCGGCGGGGCUGGCUGGAGCGGUUGAGACGCCCGCGCGGCGCUACCUGCUGGCACGCACAGGCAACGCCUCUGCCCAAGCAGCGAUCUCGCCCUCCGCCUCCGGCGGCGGCGGGCACCGCGGGCCCUUCGGGUCCGUGGCUGGCCUUUGGACUGACGCCGGCAGUAGCACUCACGUGCUGCAGCCUCGCCCGAUACGGCAGGAGCAGGGCACACUGAUUUCGGUUCCGGGGGAGGAGGUGGUAAAGCUGAGCAGCAGCAGUGGCUGUAGCACGGCGGCAUCGCUCGCCCCGCAGGAUGCUACUUCGCCGCCCCUGACGCCGGCGGCGGCUGGGCAGGUCGCUGCGGAAAUGGGGAAGGGCGCAAUCGCGGAUGGCAGUAGCGGGAGUGGCGGGAGCAAGGGCGGCGGCACGGCGGCGCGGCGACUGAUAGACCGAGCAUGGCAGAGCUUCACACACGCGGGAAGGGCCGUGGCAGCGAUGGCAUCAGCAGGCGCUGGCGGCGGCGACGGCGAGGGAGCAGGCGCUAGCGCUGGCGGUGGUGCCAGCGGCGGCGCCAGCCCGCAGGUCGUCAGCGCCGCCACCGGCUUCGUGAUUCAGGCCAGUGGCGGCAGCGUCACCGGCGGCAGCGGUGGCGGCGGCGGCGGCAUUCGUUCGCACCUGCUACCCGGCAGUCACCGCCGCGUGGUGCCAUUAGUCCAUAUCGCGACAGGCGGCGCUGCUGCUGUUCCUGCUGGCGGUGGCGGCAGCGGCGCCAUGCCAGCCGUAUCCGUGGGGCAGCUAGUCCCGUCCUCCCACCCCAUUCACGACUGCGGCGGCAGCGUCUGCAGCACCGGCAGCGGCUUUGCGGUUCUGACCGACACGUGGGCCGCAGCAGCAAUGGGAGGUGGCGGCGGAGGCUGCGAUGACGGUCCCUGCGCCAGCGGCGGUAGCUUCGCCAGCUUUGGCAGUAGCAGCAUCCGCAGCCGGGCAGGUGCCGCGGCUGUAGCAGACGGCAGCCGCUCCGGGCACCACAAGUCACACCACAGCAGCAGCUCCGCGCUCAUGUUCUCCAUGCUCGACGCCGCCACCGCUGCCGCCGCAGCGGCGCCUGCUGCGCUGGCGACGCCGUCAGCAGUCUUCCCUGCAUCCGCCGCAGCCACCGCCGUGGGCGCGGGCGCUGCUGCUACUGCUGCCAAGGGCCGCCGAGCCUCAUGCGGCGACAUUCAAUCCUUCUCCCAGCCCUUCCUCGCUGGCAGCCAGUCGCGGCUGAUCACUUCAGGCGACGUUUCGUUUCCCGGCGCCGCAUGCCCGCAGCAGACAGCAGCAGGUGCAACCACUGCUGGCGCAGCGGCAGCGCUGGCGCAGACGUCUUCACGGCUGUUGCCGCGCCUGCUGCAGCUACAGAGCCCCACAGGCAGCAGCAGCGGAAACCGCUCCCGCUCGCGCCGCUCGUCACAGGUAGCGCCUGAGCCUUCAUCUGCCUGCGCCGCCGCCUUCCUGUCAACUCCGCCCGCCGCGGCGGCCGCAGCAGGCUUCUGCCCCGCCCCUGCCGCGGCGGCUGCAGCGGCUGCAUCGCAGCAGCCGGCAGCAGCGCUACUGCCGCCGCCGUCCCGUGUGGGACUGAGCGGCCGCCGCCGGUCCCUGGACGAACAGUACGUCGCUGCCCGCAAGGCAAUGCUGUUGGCGCAGCAGGGCUCCGCACCGCAGUCGCCGCUGCUGGCCGCAGCACCGUUGGAUGGUGCUGCGGCGGCAACGGAGUCGCUGGCGCCUGAGGAGAGCGCGCGCAGCAGCAUUGGAGGCAGUGGCAGCAGCCGGCAGCUACUGGCUCAGUCGUCCUCGAUGGCGCGCCGAGCGGCGGCGGGUGCGGCCGCGGCCGGCGGCGGUCCGAGUGCGGCAGCUGCCCCCACUGGUGUUGCGCUGGUGAGUCCCGCCGGAACCGCAGCAGCAUGCGCAGCGGCUGGGCGAAGCCAGGGUGGCGACGAAAGCGGCAGCAAGGGCGGCAGCGGCAGCAAGUCUGCUUCUGCUAGUGGUGGACCGGGGCCGGGCCUUGUGACGCGGCUGUUCAAGGCACUGUACAAGGUGCAGAAGGAGUAGCGGGAUGCAAAAGGAAUGGGGUGCAAAAAAGGGGUGAGGUGCAAAGAAGCGCAAACGAAUUGUCUGACAACGCACGGUGUGGGUGAUGAUCAUGAUGCAAUGGUAUCAAUGUAGCGCAAGGGUGGGUGCAGGUAUGGAUUCGGCGUCUGGCGGAGGAUACCGGAACGAUGAAGAGUGGCGGGAUAGGUGCGGUGUGUACGAAACAGGGGUGCGAAAUGCUAGUGUGCGGUGUGGCAAGGUAAUGAAUAUUCAUUCAACUGCGGCUUAAAGAUUCUUACAUGCGCGUGUCGGCCGGCAGCAAGCAGGCACCACUAUAAUGGCAACAGCAUUAAAUAAGUCCACCGUGAUAUCUUCCUGAGACAUGAAAGGUGAUACGUUUGUGGCAGGCAGCCCGUGCAACCCAUGAACGCCCUAUCUAUCAGUGAUGCGCGCAACGUGUGUGAAGCGGCUUGACCAACCUGCUUUGAACUUUGGACUUCGGACACAAUAAUCCGCUGCAGCGGCCGGUGUUUGUUUGGACUUGUCGGACUUUGAUAAGAUAUGGAUACACAUACAAGUGUUGCGGUGGUUUGGGGCCCUGACAUGGACGGAAUGCUGGAGGCAGGGGAGGGGAGGGGAGGGCAGGGAAACCUGGUUGGAGGUUUUGGCUGUGCGUGGCCAGAGAUGAGGGGCCGAGCCUCCGCUACGUAAACGAGGCUGCUGAAGGUAGUUUUUUGGGUUGAGUCCCCCAAGCGAU